ACCAUUCGGAAGCAUUUGUUUUCACUUAGUCCUGAUAUUUAUAAAUAACAGAAUGAAGCCUUACUUAUUUUAUACACGACAAUUUAACCCCCAACAUAUAUUUUAGAGACUAAAACACCCCGCCUUAAUUAUGCAAAGAUUGAUUCUUCUUAAUAUUUUUUCUUCUGUAAUUCUCAGGUCUUGGAUCCUCCUCAAUCGCGAAACCCUAGUUGGUUGGAUCGUUAGUCUUUGUGUUCGUCGAGAAUGAGUCAGCCAUGUGUAGUUCUCGCAACAGCGAGCUAUGAUCACACGAUCCGAUUCUGGGAAGCCGAGAGCGGUCGCUGUUACCGUACCAUUCAGUAUCCUGACUCGGUAAGGAGACACACACACACACAAACACUCUUCUCUAUUGAUCAUCUUAAAGGUUUCAACUUUCACACAAACCCCAUUGUCUUGUUUCUUCAGCAUGUGAAUAGGCUGGAGAUAACGCCAGAUAAGCGUCAUCUAGCUGCAGCUUGCAAUCCUCAUAUACGUCUCUUUGAUGUCAAUUCCAACAGCCCUCAACCUGUGAUGACAUAUGAUUCACACACCAACAAUGUUAUGGCAGUGGGGUUCCAGUGUGAUGGAAAAUGGAUGUAUUCUGGUUCAGAGGAUGGUACUGUCAAGAUCUGGGACUUGAGGGCUCCAGGUUGCCAAAGAGAGUAUGAGAGUGUUGCCGCUGUUAACACCGUUGUUUUACACCCAAAUCAGACAGAAUUGAUAUCUGGAGACCAAAACGGCAAUAUCCGUGUAUGGGAUCUCAGAGCUAAUUCAUGUAGCUGUGAACUGGUACCAGAGGUUGAUACACCUGUACGGUCUCUAACCGUGAUGUGGGAUGGGACUAUGGUUGUUGCUGCUAACAACCGUGGAACAUGUUAUGUAUGGCGCUUGUUGCGCGGAAAACAGACGAUGACAGAGUUUGAGCCACUUCAUAAGCUACAAGCUCAUAACGGCCAUAUCCUUAAAUGCCUACUCUCUCCCGCAAACAAAUAUCUAGCGACUGCAUCAUCUGAUAAAACUGUCAAGAUAUGGAACGUCGAUGGUUUCAAACUAGAGAAAGUCUUAACAGGACAUCAAAGAUGGGUAUGGGACUGUGUCUUCUCAGUGGAUGGAGAGUUUCUUGUAACAGCAUCAUCGGACAUGACGGCUAGAUUGUGGUCUAUGCCAGCGGGAAAAGAAGUGAAGGUCUACCAAGGUCAUCACAAAGCCACCGUGUGUUGUGCCCUCCAUGAUUAAAAAAACAUGAAUUAAUUUCAAAGAAACUAAAUAAAUGAACAGAUAAUGACUUUCUUUGUUUGUGUGUUUAGGAAACACUUGUACAUUUGAAUCAAAUUCAUCUCAAGUUUUAAACCUUUAGUU